CGGACCCGGCCAUGGCGUCACUGCCGCCACUAAUCUGCCUCUUUGUCGCCGCCGCGCACCUGGCGGGGGCUCGAGUCACUACCCCCCAUGAGGAGCCCACCACAACUGCCUGGGGCUUUGAAGGUCCAUCUCAGCGCCCUGGACAGCCCUCGCCAGCCUUGGAGGACUGGGAAGAGGCCAGCCAGUGGACGUCCUGGUUCAACGUGGACCACCCCGGCGGCGACGGCGACUUCGAGAGCCUGGCUGCCAUCCGCUUCUAUUACGGGCCAGCGCGGGUGUGCCCGCGGCCGCUGGCGCUGGAAGCGCGCACCACGGACUGGGCCCUGCCGUCAACUGUAGGCGAGCGUGUGCACUUGAACCCCACGAGAGGUUUCUGGUGCCUCAACCGCGAGCAGCCCCGCGGCCGCCGCUGCUCCAACUACCACGUGCGCUUCCGCUGCCCGCUUGAGGCCACGUGGGGCUCGUGGGGCCCAUGGGGUCCCUGCUCAGGCAGCUGCGGGCCAGGCCGUCGCCUGCGCCGCCGCCGCUGCCCAAGCCCGGCGGAGGAUGCGUGUCCCGGGCGUCCCCUGGAGGCGCAGAAGUGUGUACGUCCUCCAUGUCCAGGGUGCAGCUCCAAGACCUGCAUGUGCCCUGACCACAUCCUUCUGGGCUCCGUGGUCACUCCAUCUGGGCGUCCACUGCCAGGAGCCAGGGUCUCCUUGAGAGACUGGCCUGGCACUGUGGCCAUCACCGAUGCCCAUGGGAUCUUCCAGAUGCCUGGAGUGUGUGCCAGCAGCCGGGCCAACGUCAGUGCCCAAAUGGAUGGCUUCUCUGCAGGCCUGGGCCAGGCCCAGGCCAAUGGCUCUAUCUCUGCAGUGGUCACUGUUGUCCUUAAUAAGUUGGAGAAGCCCUACCUGGUGAAGCAUCCUGAGUCCCGAGUGCGAGAGGCUGGCCAGAACGUGACCUUCUGCUGCAAAGCCUCAGGCACCCCCAUGCCCAAGAAAUACUCCUGGUUCCACAACGGGACCCUGCUGGACCGGCGAGAACACAGGUACGGGGCCCAUCUGGAGCUGCGUGAGCUGCGCCCAGACCAGGCGGGCACCUACCACUGCAAAGCCUGGAAUGAUGCGGGCACUGUGCGCUCAGGCACCGCCCGGCUCACCGUGCUUGCCCCGGGCCAGCCAGCCUGCAAUCCCCAGCCCCAAGAGCAUCUGAUCAAGCUCCCAGAUGACUGUGGUCAGCCUGGCAGUGGCCCCACCUACUUGGAUGUGGGUCUCUGCCCUGGAACCCUCUGCUUCAGCCCUGCCUCCAGCUCCAGGUGUGGGGACUCAGGGUCCCGCUGCUGCUCCGUUCGCCGCCUGGAGAGCAGGGAGAUCCACUGCUCCAACUAUGUCCUCCCCGUCAAAGUGGUGGCUGAGUGUGGCUGCCAGAAAUGUCUGCCCCCUCGGGGGCUGGUUCGGGGUCGCGUGGUGGCUACUGACUCUGGGGAACCCCUGCGCUUUGCCCAGAUCCUGCUUGGUCGGGAGCCUAUUGGAUUCACAUCUUACCAGGGCGACUUCACCAUUGAGGUGCCACCCUCCACCCAGCGGCUGGUGGUAACUUUCCUGGACCCCAGCGGGGAGUUCAUGGACACUGUCAGAGUUCUGCCUUUUGACCCUCAAGGUGGCGGCGUGUACCACGAUGUCAAAGCCAUGCGGAAGAAAGCCCCUGUCAUCUUAGAUGCCAGCCAGAGCAACACGAUCCCUCUUGGGGAGCUGGAAGAGGAGGCCCCGUUGGGCGAACUGGUCCUCCCGCCCGGAACCUUCCGCAGAGCCGAUGGCGAACCCUACACCGGGGCUGUGGAGGCCCGGGUGACUUUCGUGGACCCUCGAGAUCUCACCUCGGCGGCGGCCGCCCCCAGUGACCUGCGCUUUGUGGACAGUGAUGGCGAGCUGGCGCCGCUGCGCACCUACGGCAUGUUCGCGGUGGACCUCCGCGCCGCGGGAUCCGCGGAGCAGCUGCAGGCAGGGCCCGUGGCCGUGCGCGUCAACGCCGGCCAGAUCCACAUGGCGGGCCACGUGGAGGCCCUCAAGCUGUGGUCUCUGAACCCUGACACAGGCUUGUGGGAGGAGGAGAGCGGCUUCCUGCGAGAGGGGUCAGCGACCCCUCGGGUCCGCAGGGAGGAGCGGGUCUUCCUGGUGGGCAACGUGGAGAUCCGCGAGCGGCGUCUGUUCAACCUGGACGUGCCCGAGCGCCGCCGCUGCUUCGUGAAGGUGCGCGCCUAUGCCAACGACAAGUUCACCCCUAGUGAGCAGGUGGAGGGUGUGGUGGUCACGCUGGUAAACCUGGAGCCUGCCCCCGGCUUCUCGGCCAACCCCCGUGCCUGGGGCCGCUUCGACAGUGCGGUCACGGGUCCUAACGGCGCCUGCCUCCCGGCCUUCUGCGACAUGGACAGGCCGGAUGCCUACACCGCCUUGGUCACCGCCACACUGGGCGGGGAGGAGCUGGAGCCCGCCCCCUCCCGGCCCCGCCCACACGCAGCCACCGUGGGUGUGACGCAGACCUACCUGGACAAGCUGGGUUACCGCCGCACCGACCACGACGACCCCGCCCUCAAGCGCAAUGGCUUCCGCAUCAACCUUGCUAAACCCAGGCCCGGUGACCCCGCCGAGGCCAACGGCCCCGUGUACCCGUGGCGCAGCCUGCGAGAGUGCCAGGAGGCCCCGGUGACUGCUAGCCACUUCCGCUUCGCGCGCGUGGAGGCGGACAAAUACGAGUACAACGUGGUCCCAUUCCGCGAGGGCGCGCCGGCCUCCUGGACUGGAGACCUCCUGGCCUGGUGGCCCAACCCCCAGGAGUUCCGGGCCUGCUUCCUCAAAGUGAAGAUCCAAGGCCCCCAGGAGUACAUGGUUCGCUCCCACAACGCUGGGGGCAGCCACCCGCGCACCCACGGCCAGCUCUACGGGCUUCGGGAUGCCCGGAGCGUCCGAGACCCAGAGCGCCCCAGCACAUCGGCCGCCUGUGUGGAGUUCAAGUGCAGCGGGAUGCUAUUUGACCAGCGUCAGGUGGACAGGACGCUGGUGACCAUCAUGCCCCAGGGCAGCUGCCGCCGCGUGGCAGUCAACGGGCUCCUGCGGGAUUACUUAGCCAGGCACCCUCCCGCCGCCCCAGCUGAUGACCCCGCUGCCUUCAGCAUGCUGGCCCCGCUGGACCCUCUCGGUCACAACUACGGUGUCUACACGGUCACCGACCAGAGCCCAAGGCUGGCCAAGGAGAUUGCCAUCGGCCGCUGCUUUGAUGGCUCCUCCGACGGCUUCUCUCGGGAGAUGAAGGCCGAUGCUGGCACAGCUGUCACCUUCCAGUGUCGGGAGCCACCAGCCGGCCGGCCUAGCCUCUUCCAGAGGCUGCUGGAGUCCCCAGCAACAGCGCUUGGUGACAUCCGCAGGGAGAUGGGUGAGGCGGCCCGGGCGCAGGCUCAAGCCACAGGUCCUCUCCGUACCCGCCGGGGCAGGGCCCGGCAGUGACCUGGGCUCACGGCCUCACUCUUCUGCCUUGCUCCGGACUCCUCUGUACCUGGGAAGUCUCAGCUCCCUUCCCCAGAUGUUCCCCCCCCAGGUUUCUGGGCCCCCCCUCUCCCUCCCUUGCCCAGAGUUCAGAGUCAAGACAAGAACUAGGAGGGUCAGGUGUGGAAAUGCCGGACAGGGGACUGUUGCUGUGUGAGGCAAAUUGGGCAGGAGCCAGCAUCCUGGGAGACCAUUGGGCAGCCUACUCAGGCCUGGGGGGCAGGGGGUGGAUGUUGUUCCCAGCUCACAUGCCGGCUCUGAAUUUAUGUGUGUUUUGACCCUGAUUUCAGAUAUUCUGCCCCUUGAGAUUUCCAGCCUUCUGCCUGAAGCCCCCUCUGCUUGUCGCCAAGCUGGGUGCUUCACUGGGUCCCCUGCCCCAAGCUUUGUUUUAGGGGUUAUUUAUUGAAACAAAGCCCAGGGGCUGGUCAUGGGGGUAAGAGAGGGGGUCCCGGCCCCAUGAAAGUCAUAGGCAAGGGCUUCUUGGUUCUGGGGCUGAGGGGCACAGUUCUCACAUGUUUGGUGCUUGGAGACCCCCCAGGGGGGUUGGGGCAGGGAAUCAAUUAAAGAUGCUUCAUUUCCAA